CGUUAUUUACGGUUAACCUCAUCAUACUAAAAACUAACAAUUUAUUUUUUUAUUGUGCUCAAUAUUUCUCCGGGAUCAUAAACAGUCUACAAAAUGGCGGUGUGUCAUGAAAACUCUAACUCUAUGUUUACCUCCAGACCCAGUCCGACCAGUUUCAACUUUCCUCCGUUUGGAUAUCCGACUCAAGCUAGCGGUUACGGUCAAGAAUACAGCCAAUAUGGCACUGUUCCGGAAACGUCAUACCAACAACCACCUUGGGCCGGAAUGUAUGGAACGGCACCACGAUCAUCUCAUGGAGGCCUGGACGAAUGGAAUCAAGGCGGCUAUAUGGUUCCUGCAACUUCUUCCAUGCAGCAGGCGUAUAACUAUUCCUACAGAACACCCAUAUCCUCUACCAUGGGGUUAGAUUAUUCACAUAUGGGUCACGGUCAUUCUCCAUUGAAUGGUUCCCCACCCCUCACAUCGUCGUCAGGAGAUGACAGCCCCAACGGGUCCGGUUCCAGUAUUUCCAAAGCUUUGAGAGCGCCUUAUGAAUGGAUGAAACCUGCCCAGACACAACCCGUUACAGGUAAAACAAGAACGAAAGAUAAAUAUCGAGUAGUUUACAGUGACCAUCAACGAUUAGAAUUAGAAAAGGAAUUUCACUACAGUAGGUAUAUUACUAUCAGAAGAAAGGCAGAAAUCGCUGCUCAGUUACAACUUUCAGAAAGACAGGUCAAGAUUUGGUUCCAAAAUCGCCGGGCCAAGGAAAGGAAACAGAACAAGAAGGGAAAGGAUGGUGAUUCUGAUAUGCCUGGAAAAUUGGACUACGAUGAGGAAAUGUCACCCAGCCAUUCGAUGUCUUUACCAAAUAUGAUCAGUCCAGAAUUGCACUCA